ACUUUUCAAUUUUAAAGCCCGCAACACUUCUCUUCUGUACCUCUAAAUAAGUUUAAAUACACCACCAUUUCUAUUUCUUCCAACCAUCCCAAAAAACCAUCACUCCAUUUUCACCCAAAUAGACACAAGAGAUGCCGUUAAGAUUAGCGGUUCUGUUAGUGUUAUUGGGCAUUGUUGCAGCAGAAGAUCCUUACAGAUUCUUCAAUUGGAAUAUCACUUAUGGCACCAUUUAUCCUCUCGGAAUCGCCCAACAGGGUAUAUUGAUAAAUGGGCAGUUUCCUGGUCCUGAAAUAUACUCCGUUACUAACGACAACAUCAUCGUUAACGUCUUCAACAGCUUGGAUCAACCUUUCCUCAUACACUGGAAUGGGAUACAGAACAGGAGGAAUUCAUACGAGGAUGGAGUUUAUGGGACAACAUGCCCAAUUCCAGCAGGUGGGAAUUUCACAUACAUUCUUCAAAUGAAGGAUCAAAUUGGAAGCUUCUUUUAUUUCCCUUCUUUGGGUUUCCACAAAGCUGCUGGUGCUUUUGGUGCAAUUAAGAUCCUAAGCAGGCCCUUAAUCCCUGUCCCUUUCGAUAAUCCUACCGAUGAUUUUAGUGUCUUGAUUGGCGAUUGGUACACUUCUAAUCACACUGAUCUAAAGGCAAUCCUUGACAAAGGCAACAAGUUACCAUUUCCAGAUGGAAUCCUCAUCAAUGGCCGUGGUCCUAAUGUUACCUCUUUCACCAUUCAACAAGGAAAAACUUACAGGUUCAGAAUCUGCAACGUGGGAUUACAAAACUCGCUAAACUUCCGAAUCCAAGGCCACAAGAUGAAGGUGGUGGAAGUAGAAGGGACCCACACGGUCCAAGUUAGCUACUCCUCACUUGACAUCCACGUGGGCCAGUGCAUGUCGGUUCUUCUUACUGCCGAUCAACAACCUCAGGACUACUACAUUGUUGUCUCGAGUCGUUUCACCACUCCCGUUUUGAGCACUACCGGCUUUCUCCGGUAUGCUGGCUCGAACCGCCCUGCCUUGGGCCCACUACCUGGCGGCCCCACCAUCGAAGUUGACUGGUCCCUCAAUCAAGCCCGUUCCAUCAGGACGAAUCUAACAGCAAGUGGGCCCAGACCGAACCCGCAGGGUUCUUACCACUACGGCAUGAUAAACACCACGAGAACUUACAGGCUCUCGAGCUCUGCUGGCCAGGUUGCUAAUAAGCAGAGGUAUGCACUCAACAGUGUCUCCUUUAUCCCUGCCGAUACCCCUUUGAAAGUCGCCGACUACUUCAAAAUAGACGGUGUUUUUCGAGUCGGGAGCAUCUCAGAUUCCCCCACUGGUGGAGGAAUAUACCUCGAUACCUCCGUGCUUGGGGCCGAUUACAGGGCGUUUGUGGAAAUCGUUUUCGAAAACACAGAGGAUAUUGUGCAGAGCUAUCAUCUCAGUGGCUACUCUUUCUUUGUAGUAGGAAUGGAUGGAGGGAAAUGGACUUCGGACAGUAGGGCUCAAUACAAUCUUCGCGAUGCAGUCUCUCGAUGCACUGUUCAGGUGUACCCCAUGUCGUGGACAGCUAUUUACGUGGCGCUGGACAAUGUGGGAAUGUGGAACUUGAGAUCGGAGUUUUGGGCAAGGCAAUACUUAGGACAGCAAACUUAUCUUAGGGUUUACACGACAUCCACUUCGUUGAGAGACGAGUACCCUAUUCCGAAGAAUGCUCUUCUUUGUGGCCGGGCAAGUGGAAGACGAACACGUCCCCUUUAAAAAAUAUAUAUAUAUAUUAUUAAUAAAAGUUUUCCACCAAGCCUAGAGGAAUUGAGAUUAAUUUUUUUAAUAUCUUUUUAAUAGAUGAUUUUAAUUUUGAAUUCUUGGGGGUGCUAAAUCAGCACCUAUAUUUAUAUAAUAUGGUGUAUUUAGGGCUAGCAUUGUAAUUCUAGUAGUUGUAGCUGUUGUUUUUGAGUUGAUGACCUUAGCUCAAGGUCGCAUUCUUUCAAUUUUCCACUGGAUUUUUUGUAUCUGGUUUGAUGUUGUAUUUGUUAUUUAAUAUCUUGUUUGUUAUUGCAUUUGUUGUUGUAUACACAAUUGUUUUAGUACGAUUAAUGGAGUGGCUCUUUUCU